AUGGCGGUGCCGGCUCUGCUCAGUUUCCCAGACACGGUCGACUGGUCAAAGACGGUCGAGCCGUACAUCCCUCAACUCUACGAGCUCCCGUCUAAGCUCGUGGAUGUCUUGCAAUCUCGGCAGAAUAUAGUCGACCUCUAUCUGCACACCAACCCACUCAUUUCUGGCCUCGGAAUUUCCAUCCUGCUCGGGGCAGUCUUCCUGGUGGUCGCAGAAAUCAACAAGAACUACUCACAGAUCCGUCUGACUUUCAACUACUGGCGCAAAGGUGGCUAUCAGAUCGGUUCGGAAGACUAUAGAUGGGAGAUCAUCCAGAGCAAGGUUCCAUGGUGGGCCUUCACGCUAUUAAACAUAACAUUUAUUUCCUUCACACAAAGCGUACUGCUGUUCUCACUGGCAGCGCCUGCCUACCCGAUCCUACUGAGCAUACAAUUCCAGCCCGAUCUAACUUGGUUGGAUAUUGUCUUUACCAUCUUCCAAGUCGGACUCAUUACGACGGAAUGGUUUGCUGAUCAGCAACAAUGGGAUUUCCAGAAUGCCAAAAAGGAAUACCAGGCAACCGGCAAGGCACCACAGGGCUUCGCAGAAGAUGACUUGAAGCGAGGCUUCAUAACCUCCGGCCUGUGGGCGUGGAGCAGGCACCCCAACUUUGCAGUCGAGCAGAGCAUCUGGCUCACGCUGGGGGUGUGGAGCAUCGUCACGGCAGAGGUCCCCUAUGCUUGGACCUUGAUACCUGGUUUCAGCCUUGUCUCCCUCUUCCAAGGGUCGACCUGGCUCACGGAGCUCAUCACUGCUGGGAAAUAUCCCGAGUACAAGGACUACCAACGGCAAGUUGGCAUGUUCGCGCCCAAUGUUCUCGGGUUUGGCCCUUACAGACCGCCUCAACCCCAGACUAAGGCCUUGAAGGAAAAGAAACAGAAAUAA